CAGAAGGCCGGUGACGUCACAUUAUGUCCCACGUGACCUGAGUAACGUGACGUCCGUUGCUUCAAACCCAGGAAGUGUUUGUUACGUCAGAAAUGUCUCCAAACUUCGUGCAUCAGCACCUAAGCGGACAGCGUCACUUCUAAACCCGUCGUGGAUCCUACUGCCAGCUGGGAACCGAGUCAGCCGUUGUGUUUGUAACAUGAGGAUAUGGAGGAGCGGAAACUAAAGCGGAAAAGUCCCCGGCCCUCAGCAAAUCCGGUGCCAGCUGUGGCAGUGGGGGGCGGGUCCGGGCGGAAGAACAUCACGGGCGACGGCGCCGCUCACACGCAGACGGGGACGCAGAGGUCCAAGAGUCGGAGGGGCGUCAGGGACAAGUCCAAGUCCUUGCCGGCCUCGGGGGCCAAAGCCACCCCCACCCCGGGCCCCGGGGCCCCUAUCAUCCAGCACUCGUUCCUGACGGACGUGUCCGAUGUCCAGGAGAUGGAGAAAGGCCUUCUGGGUCUCCUCAACGACUUCCACUCAGGGAAGCUUCAAGCGUUUGGCAACGAGUGCUCCAUCGACCAGAUGGAGCAGGUGCGUGAGAUGCAGGAGAAGUUGGCGCGGCUGCACUUUGACCUCUACGGAGAAGUGGACGGGAUGCCCGACGACCAGCGUAAGGCCGCCUGCGACAGCAACAUGGACAAGCUGCUCAACAACCUGGAGGAGCUGAGCUCAUCAAUUCAGAAGCUGAACCUGGCCGACUCCCAGGAGAUCCCCCGGACAGCCAGCAUCUGACCUCCUCUUCCUCCUCUCUCUCUCUCGCGCUCUCUAUCUCAGUGCGGAGGGGCCCGUGUCGGAGGGUGUCAACACUAUCUGGUUCACUAUUAUCAUGAUCAUUGAUUAUCACCGAUCGACCAGCAUUCUGAGCAGUGCACCAGCAGUCAAUGGAUUAACAAAUUAUUUGAAUGGAUGAAUUGUUGAUUCCACUCUGCCCCCUCUCCCCCUCUCAUCACUUCUCGUUCCCACUAAGUGGGAAGGGUAUGCAGUUCUACUAGGGACUCCUCUUAAGGUCAGAGGUCAAUCUCAACUGCCACAUUUUGUAUUGUACACCGAAAGUUUUAUGGGUAAGGGGGUGGGGUAAAUCCUCGAAACAUAUUGUAUAAUAUAAUAUAUCUUUAGCUCCGGUCACUUUAGACGAUGUCAUUGUCUCACUCUCGAGUCAGCGUUGAAAAAAGAAAGGCGAUCCCGAAUGACUUUUGCAAUAAGCAGUCUCCGAUCGUCGGGUAUGUAAGUUUUUAGUCUCCUUAUCGGGGGCACCAUGGAGAACUGUGCUUCAAUCAGCAGAACCUGAAAUCCCAGCCAGCUAACAAACAAAAAAAUGUGUUUAGCGGAAAUGUAGUCCUCUCUAUCCUGUUCUGAGUCCGUCUAAAAUGAGACGAUGGGAUUAGAUUUUAAGAUUUAUGGAUUCCUAGAUCUUUAGAUUUAUUGAUUUCUAGAUCUCAAAAUGUCUGGGUAUCUAUAUCUCUAGAUUGCUUGGUCUCUAGAUUUAUUGAUUUCAAUAUCUAUCUCUUAUAAUAAAUCUAAAUUAAUAAUUGAUCGGUUUUUUAUAGCGCUUAUCUAUAUGCAUCUAGAUUUCUUGCUCUCUAGAUUUCUAGAUCUCUACAUCUGUGUCUCUAGAUUUCUGGAUUUCUAGAUCUUUAGAUUUGUUAUAAGCGGGUCAAUGAAUGAUGAAGAAUGAUUUUCUUUGUGUGGGACCCCAAAUUGCAAAAUUGCUAUUUAUUCUGACUAAGAUCAAAAAACAGUAUUGUUUGUUUGUUUUUAUAGAUUUCUAGAGCUCUAGUUUUCUUGAUUUCUAGAUCUCUAGAUUUUUGGGACCCUAUUUUUCUAGAUUUCUGGGUCCCUAGAUCUCUAUAUUUCAGGGUCUCUAGAUGUAUAGAUCUCUAGAUUUCUGGAUCUCUGGAAACAGGGUCUCUUGUGAACCGAGUUUGAAAGUGGAAUUACAUUCAGGCUACGCGAGAUCGACCAAAGUGGUUUUUGUAAGAGAUGUAUGACAUUUCAACUUUGACCUUCUCUUACCUGAAACGGCUGCAGCCUUUACCUUGGGCCGCGGGUUGGACUCCACACGACAAAUCUAAAAUCGUAGCUUUGAUUGUAGAAUUUGAUUCGCAGUAAAACACGUUUACCCCAAAAACACUUGCGUGUAAAUGAGUUCCGGGCUAAAUGAACGAUAAAGAAUGUUUUGUUUUUGUGUGUGACCCCCGAAUUGCAAAAUCUCUUUUGAUCUGACUAACAUCAAAAACAGUAUUGUUUGUUGUUUUCGUUCAUAUUUGCACAUAUCUGCUCAUAUUUGUGAACAAACCAUGCCUUACCUUACUUUACUAAUCAUAUGAUCGCCUUGUUCUGAAUUCGUAGGUUUUAUUCGUUGAAUUUAAUAUAUUUUAGUCGAGGCUGAAGUUGCAAUGGUUGUUUGCUGCUUGUAUCGAAAAGGAAAAAAGAUUUAUAUUUUUUGUGUGUGUGUGUGCGUCUCGAGUUACUUAUUAUUGUAACAACCACAGUUUCUUGAUUUCGCUUGGACAUCUACGGUAAUAAAAAAAUGACUAUUGAAAUCCUACACUAUGCUAUUGUUUCACCUUUUUAUGACAAAUGUAGCCUACUUAUUAAGUAAGUCGCAUUGGAUAAAAGCGUCUGAUAAAUGACCUGAAUGUGAAUGUACCUCAGUCGGCUCUCACUGUUGUUUUUGAACCCCUUUUUUGGCUCAGUCUCAUUCAUUUGCUCCAAGCAAAAUCUCAACCCUACGCCUUGCUGUUGCGCAUUCAUGCGCAGCAUAGGGUCAUCCCAUUUGUCGUUUUAUUGAGGGGUAAGGGGUAAGGCGGAGGGCUAGCAUCCCGUUGAAGUUAAGAUUUUCAAUGGGCGGGCGAAAAGAUGCGACAGGAUUGAAAACCACAAAUCUUUCUUAUGAUAAUCAUUCAAUAAAUGAUGAUGACCAUUGCAUUAUCAUUGUGCCAUUUGAAUGUUACGUAGGCAUUUUCUUUAUAACAAGCACAACCACAAAAUCUCCCGGAGCAGAGCUUCCGACUCACGCCGGUGCCCCCGCAGUCCGGCCGGGGAGCUGCCGGGACCAUGUCCCAUUCUGUUCAACAAAAUGGGACAAUGAUAUUCAUAUGUUCCAUGUUCUAGGAACUCCAGGUUUGAUCCCCUGCCAAGUGCCAAGUAAUGCAAUAGUUUGUUUAAAAAAUGUUUAUUAGCCUGGGCCUGGUUUCCCAAUAAUGGUCACUCUUCGUGCGCUACGAAAACUCCUAUGCUAAGAAUUAUCAAAGUUGUUAACCUCUAUAGCCCUGGUUUCAAUACGAUCACUUAGGAGUCUUCUUAGAAAACACUCCUUACGUUGUACGUAAACGGCACUGUCCAGAAAGAAUGUGCUGAAAUCGAUUGCUCAGAGAUCGAUUUUCCAUUUCAUGCGCAGACAGCGUUCUAAAAAAGAUUGCAGUCUUUGCGAAUAAAACAUUGCUCAAAGUCCUUCUAGUAGGCCCAAACAUUUAUUUAACCAUCGGCCAACGUAGCAUAGCCUACACUGAUUAAAAAAAAGAUGUAGAAACAGCGGAGAUUGAGGCAAUUACCUCCUUAAUUACAUCUGUCACAGCCGUUCAAAUUAGGCUAUUCAUUUUCUGUUUACAAAGGUGUCUGAGUUGUUGAUCAUUUAUGAAAAUAGGCAUUUUGAAUAGUUUAUUUAUCUUAUUAUAUAAUACUGUUAAUGCUGAGACUGCUUUGCUUUUUGCUACAUGUAGGGGUCUGUGUGCGGGCUUUUUCGCACCGCCAGGCCAGUCUGUUUGUCAGGUGAAAACUAAAUGUCAAGGGAAAGAGGCGGUCGUUGACAAGUCAUUCGACCACCUACAACGUUCUCUCAUUUCUAACAAUGGUUUAUUUGUUUCCCAGUAUUGUUUUUGUGAAAUGAAUACAAUAUUUAUUUGAAGUUGCGAGUUUUUGAAAUUAAUGGAAGCGACUCGGGCUGACCUCGCCUUUCUGUACCCACCGCACAAACAAAGAACACCCGAGACGACAUCCUUAAUUCAAACAUGCCAUUUAAUUGGGCCUCAUUCGGUUGAGGAUGCGAAUUUGCAAUGAACAAUUACCGUAAUUUUCGGACUAUAAACUGCGUAUUUUUUCCCAUUUUUCGAUUCUGUGGCUUAUAUAACGGUGCGGCUAAUCUAUGGAUUUUUACAGCUAACGGCCACUAGGGGACCUCCUAAAUCUAUGGAUUUUACAGGUUACGCCUCGUGCCCACUGCACCGUCAGUCAACGGACGUGGGAAGGCGUGGCUGACGGAUGGGGGAGUAGUCUUUGCAGAGGCAACCGUCAGCCAAUCAAAUCGCUUCGCCGGGUUCUUCCCGCUUCUUCCUGCUUGUUGCGAGGCAAGAAGACCCGCUUUCCCGCUUUCCAGUAUCGUCAGAGCCCGAGUCGCGUCACAGUGCUUAAAUUUGCAUACGCGAUCUGAUUGGAUGACGGAACCGUCGCUGCCGAAAAAGUUGAACAUUUUUCAACUUUUUGACGGUGGCGAACGCUCCAAGUCAACGGACGGAUCCACAAUGCAUUGCGCGACCGUCCCCAUUCAAAGUCAAUGGGCAACGGACAACUGACGGAGGUAGUGGGCACGGGGCGUUACAGUCCACCAACUUUAACUCUAUGGGCUCUAUGACUGGUCCGCGCCCGUCCACCUUUAAGCGGCGGGCUCCAGCAGGAAAAGUUGGAGGCCGGAAAAGAGUGAGACAGGUCGCGCGCAAAAGUAAAAGUGGAAACGAGAGACAGAACAAGAGACAGAACGAGAGCAAGACAGACAUUACGAGAGCAAGACAGCCAUCUCUUUCCCGACAAUCCCCUCUGUGCACGAACCCUUACAUAUGGUAAUUAGGGCUGGCCCGAAUUAUUCGAAUACUCAGAGCUUCGUUUUUUUUUUCACGUACGUGACGUUACCAGAGCGAGGGAGGCAAACUAUAAGCGUCAGCGACACCAAGCAGAGAAGCGAGAGAGGUGGAGGAAGAAUAGAUAUCUUGUUUCCCUUUACUUUAUAACACAACAUCAGCGGGAUCUCGGGAGGAAAAGUAAUACUUAGCGAAAUGCUAACCUUAGCUUAGUUGUUUGUUUACGUUCGCUGUACAGCGCCGCGCCAAUCCACUGUGACUGGCUUGCUGCAGAGCGUGAGCGUCUUGGGAAUACCCGGUCAAUAUAAUGGAUAUAAUAUGGACACAUAAGACAAUCAAUAUUCGGUAUUUGUUAUGGAUUUAUUGUACAAAUUCCCUGAAAAGAUGCACGUUCCAGGAUGAAUUGAAAAACUCCCAUAAGGGCUGAGAUAGCAGAGGACAGCUGAUUUGGAACGGAACAACAGCUGUUCGCUUUCACGGGGAAAAACGAAGGAACUUCAACCCACUUAGGGCUACUAAUUACCGUUAAAGCUAUUAAAUCGUCAACAAAAUAUGCAGAUACUGUCAAAAUCGGUUCCAGGGAGUAUAUAGGGAUUAUUAAUGUUGUUUUUGAUGUUUUUUUUUUCUGGAACGAGUAUUUGAAUAUUCGCGCGGCUCAUAGUCCAGUGCGGCUUAUAUAUGUACACAUCAAUCAAUUUAGCUGCUGCGGCUUAUAGUGCGGAAAAUACGGUAAACAACUUGGCCUAUCCUGCUAUCCUGCAUGUCUAUCCUGCUACGCCACCCAUCACUUCCUUCCAUUAACUGUCAAAACACCUAGGCUAUUAAGACAAAAUGUUGCAGCAUACUGCAUUUUUUUUAUAAUAGUUGCAAAUACUCUUUAAAAUCAGAGCAACCGGAAUAAGCAGGAGUUAUGGGCUGAAAUUAAAAUGGCAGCAAUGUUUUAUUCGCAAAAACUGCAAUAUGUUUUAGAACGCUGAAAUUCAUCCCAGCCUUUAUACCACAGAUACUCUAGUGUCUAUAGCAUAUAACCGCGUUGUCUGAUUACAGUUUAAUUCAUUUGUCACAAUUUAGCAGCUCCCGUUUUGAAGAAUAAUCACUGCGCCAUUCGUUUCAAUGGGAAUCGCGACAGUCUAUACCAGCCUUUCUCAAAGUGGGUGCCGCGGGGUGCCCCGUGACUGUGUCAGGGGUGCCACCAAAAUAUUACGUAUUCUGACAUUUAAUAUAAUUUUUUUUUUUUUUAAAGAAAUCGGACAUUUCAUAUAUGACAUAUUUGAAUAUAUUGAAUACAUAAAUACAUUCUUUCUUACAUAUGUAAGAAAGAAUGCAGUGUGUAAUAAAAUAACACACGGCAUUCAAUAUCCACAGACAUGUCAUUGAAUACAGUGUGUGUGUGUGUGCGUGCGCGUAUGGCACGGAUGGAAACAAGAACUAUGAUGGAAAAACAUUCCUGCUAUCUCUGCACUUCAUUUGAGUUCUCCUGGUCUCAAUUUGUUGGGUUCUUGUAUUGCCUGUGUUGCUGUAUAGCUUGGGCGGUCCACCUCUUAUGGUUUUAUGGCAUUUGUGUCUCUGAUUUAUUGUUUUGUGAAGCACUUUGUAAACCUGUGUUUUUAAAGGUGCUAUAAAGUUGCUAUGAAGUUGUUAUUAUUAUUAAUAUUUACAGUUGUAUUAUGCUCUGUUCAUUACUGUCCUGUCUAAAUAAACAGGACAUUUGCAUUUACGUUAAGGCUAUGCAGUGUCGUUUUUAAUCAUAUUUUACACUGGGGUGCCUUGAGAUUUUAUGCACUUUUGAAAGGUGCCCUGGCUGAAAAAAGUUGAGAAAGGCUGGUCUAUACCUUCAACAUAAAGUGUACAUAUUUACAAUUUCAAAUUCGUCCCAGCCUUUAUACCACAGAUACUCUAGGGUCUAUAGCAUAUAACCUUGUUGUCUGAUUAAAGUUUAAUUCAUUUUCCACAAUUUACCAGCUCUCGUUUUGAAGAAUAAUCACGCGCCAUUCGUUUAAAUGGGAAUCGCAACGGUCUAUUCUUUCAACAUAAAGUGUACAUAUUUAUAAUUUGAAAUUCGUCCCAGCCAAGAUACUCUAGGUCUAUAGCAUAUAACCGCGUUUUCUGAUUACAGUUUAAUGCAACAGUAAGCUGACAAAAUCAACACUGCAACUGCAAAUUAACCACACAGUGAUAACCAUGGCAACCGGUCAAACAAAUUUUCUUUUUGCCAUCAUUCUGCGCGCACAUCCGCCGUGUUGAUAAACAAAUAAUCCCCAUUUACUGCAGCCAAUCAAAUUGCUUCCCACUGCAAAGCCGAUGUGUCGAUAUAAUACAAAAGAUGAGACAAAUAUAACCCAGAUCCUGUAAGGGACUCUUAUCUCUCUCAUAUCUCAGUCUGUCCAUGUUUC